GGGACGGCUAUAUAAACUACUGCAAAGUGUACACCAAUGCCUUUCCCAACGGGUUCGUGACUAAUAAACUGCAAAAUAUUAGAUGUCCGACCCUGGUGUUUCACGGCGAUAUGGACCCAUUGUGUAGUUUGGAUCACUCCCUACAUGUCGAGAAAAAUAUCCCAUACUGUCAGUUGCAUCGAUUCAAAAAGGGUGGUCAUAACAGUCACCAUAAGUACCCGUCUGAGUUUCUCAGAAUAACCGAGAAUUUCCUUAAGGAAUGCAAUGAAUUUCAUUGAGAGUUAAAAAUAAUUUAUACAAAAACUUGUUUUCCAAUUUAUGACGCUAUUGUAAUGACUUAACUGAAUAUUAAUUGUUUUAUUUAAAUCUUAUAGCAAACGAAAGUGUUGUUUUGAAUAUUUUAUUUACUUAAUUAAAAUUCAUAUUAUAUAUAUAUUUUUAUGGGAAC